ACUUGUUUAACGACCCUCCCAAUAUUUCACGGUACAGCAAAUAAAUACACGACGAGGGAAGUUUAUCAACCGUGCAAUCUACUUUCUGUUUUGGGAUGGUUUUAAGUUUUUAUAAAAAGGCGUACAUCUGCUAUAUCAUAUAGAAAUAUCGACAUGGCAGAAGGCAAGCAUAAUAAUGAAUUGGACGACCGUGACUCCGACACUGAUGAUCGAGGAGACGAUCUUGACCGAUCUGAACGUUUUGUCGAAACUGAAAAAAAUCCUGAACUUUUUAAAAGCAAAUCUCUGAAUAAUAAAAAGCCUUUUUAUAAUGGUUCGAUAUUAGAUAACCGAAUGGCGGAAAUCAGGAAGUCGAUUUAUCAUAUCCGGCUUCAUUGGGACGAAUACGAAACAUUUAUGGCGUCACUGAGACAACUUUUACUUGAAAAUGGCACAAUAGACUUCAAAGACGAAACUACAAGAGCGCAUGCCGAAAGGGUUUUAUCAUCCAAGCGGGACUGGAUGACUGCUGAAACUAUUCAAAUGACAGACGUUUCAUUCGAAGCAGUCAAAUUGUACACGUCGAAAGAAGGCCACUCUAGAAUAUACGACAUGAGUAACAACAUUUUUCGGCAUGAAGAUUCGGUUGUUUCGGUUGAAAUGAUUAGGAGUGUUGUUUUCCUGGUCGAGCUUAUCAACAUUGAUCUGUUUAACUACUGCUUGAAGUGUCCGGAGCGUACAAAUUUCGAGGGCAUUGUUUACCGGGGCAUUUGUGUUUCUGAUGAAGACCUAUCGGCUUUUAAAGCGCUGCGAGAGGAGCCCAUUAGUAGGCGGAACAUAGCUGUUCCUCUAGGUCUUUUCUCAUCCAGUUCAAGUAUCAAGGUCUCGAAGAAAUUCAUUAAGCACCAGUUGAAGCAGGCGAAGACACGGGACGCUGUUGUGAAACCACUCAUUAUCAAAGUCCAUGUUAUUGGUUUGAAACCCGAAUACAUACAGCAUUAUACCAAACGCUUUCCGUCGACAGUCCUCACAACAAUUUGCGCCGUCGACAUACACAAACUUUCAAGACACCCCAGCGAAAAGGAGGUCCUACUAAGAGGACCAUUUAUGCUGGUUUUAGACAUGUAUGAGGAAAAGCAUACCGAGUUUGACCAACCGUGUGAUGUCAUAGAGGUGGUCAUGCUCAAUGCUAACAGAGAUCAUAUUUCUACAUCGUUUUUGGGUGACCAAGACACAUUGGCACGUGACAUGUUUGCUGCAAUGGUCACCGUCACAAGGAGUGAGUUUGCUAUAGAAUAUUGUCAGAACAGGACUUAAGGAGGAUGAAAGAGAAUAUCAAAAUAUUUUGCAAGAAAGCAGUGAAAAACUCCAAAAUUUACUUAGGAAGUGAUGUCCGUAUACAACGUGCAAGACAUCAUUAAAUUAUGUUGUUAUUUCAUGACAAACCUUUUUAUUAUAUACUGGAUAAUUGUUAUCUAUUUUAAUUUGUUAGAAUGUAAGCUUCAGGUGUUUCCUAAUAAAUACAUUUAUACAUAUUUCAAAAAUUAUUCCAUUACAUGUUGAAUUCUGCUUUGCUAAUGGUAGGAUGCAUGGACUUUACCAAACAUUUACCAUGACUGCCGUUCUUCAGUAGGGACAAAUAACGAGCCAGGCGACAUUUUGCAUUGCAAAGUUACUGUUGUAUUGAAAAAUAAUGUAGAUUCCAUUUCAAGUUUUUAGUACAUAUAAAGAGGUCAAGAAAAAUAAAAAGUGCUUUAUCUCAAUGUGUUGUGUCGUCAAAUAGUUGAAUUAAAAUAUACUUUAUGUAAUUAAGUUAAAUACUAAACCCAUUUUAUGAUUACGCGUUCUUGGAAAAGAAACAUGCAUUACCAAAACAAUCAUCUAUAUAUGCAGUUGCUCCUCUUAUAAAUGUUUCUCGUGUCAUAAUUUCUAUAAAGUAAGUAUAUGAACAACUAGUUUUUUCA